AUGUACCAUAAACUACAAACCUUUGUCUCCAAGCUUGAUGUCCACGACAACGCGUCGCCCGCCAGCACGUUCUGGAAAUCUAUCAUCGACACACCUCCCAGUGAUUUACGUGUAACUGACGGAGAGUUUCAACGUGGACGAGCGCUUUUCUUGGAUAACAGCGUCCAAAUAAGUCAGUCAUUACUUUUCUUUAGUCUAGCAGGCGGAUUUGCAAGUCCCCGGAUUGUCCGGACUCUCGAAGCUGUCUCUUAUCUGGUUCCUUCCCCCGAGAAAAAGCUGUCGUCCGCCUCCAAAGACAGGACCUAUCGUCGGCUUUUAGAGACAUUUCAGUUUGUCUUGGAUGUCAUGAAGUGUUUUGCUCCUGAAUCCGAUCUCGAUGGCGCAACUCAUAUUCUCCCAGGGGGUGAAGGAUGGAAAAGCAUCAUUCGUGUCAGAAUGCUCCAUGGAAUAGCGAGAGCCAGGGUACAAGCAAAAGUUUAUCAUGAACCAGAUGUCCCUCGGAGUCUGAAUGACGUUCCAAUUAGUCAGGAAGACAUAAGCGCCACGCAAGUCCACUUCCCUCGUCUUUUCAUCCCCCACCCUUCUGGUCCUUGA